AUGAGUUCUUCAGGAAGAAACGAAACUCUGAUCACUCAAAAUAAUGCUCGGCCCAACAACCUGACGACCGGCGCGUUACAAGCUACAUUGACCAUACUUAUAAUGGCUGCUGUAGUUAUUGGAAAUAUUCUUGUUCUGCUCGUAAUUUACCGUCAACGAACUCGACCAAGAGUACGCGUGGCUAAUAUGUUCAUUUCAAAUCUAGCUGUAGUCGACUUGUUAAUUGGGCUGCUGCUUUUUCCUUUCGCUGUCGCCACUAUUUUGUUACAGCGAUGGAUCUAUGGGGAUGCGUUGUGUCAGUUUAAUGGCGCUGUUAACGUCAUUGCUGGAGCGGCAUCCAUUCUGACCAUGGCAGCCAUUAGUAUUGACAGGUGAGAACUUAACCUGCUCUCUCAGCUUGGGAGAACUAUUCCCUAGGCUGAACUGUUUUCCUUCACAACCGACACAGGUGACAUACAGGAUAAGGUAAGGCUGCCGAGCAUCAUAAUGUCAAGGCUUUGUCCACAGGCUCUUCAGUCCCCCUCUGCUUUUCCUUAGGCUUCGCUUCUUUCGUCCCUGCUAUCCCCCAGUAUAAGAGCCCUUUUUCAUGUCUACCUGAUAGUUAGCUGGCCUGCAUGAAUAUUUUUUCUUAUUUUGGUGAGAUGCAUCUACAGCGGUGUUAAUUAAAAUAUGUAGCUUAUACUUUUUGGACUAGUUGCAUUAAGGAACAGACCUCGCGUACGCUACUAAUCUAUCUGAUCGGUUGAUUUCCACUAAAAUUUAUCAAGACUUAAACGUUUCUUAAUUUCAGAUAUCGUGCCAUAGUUUCCCAACCUGGAAGUAAACUCAGGCCGAAAGAGGCCUGGGCACUACUGACCACGGUAUGGACUGUGUCCAUUGUCAUGGGUGUCCUGCCAGUCCUUGGAUGGAACAAAUAUGUCCAUUCAUCUCUGAGCUCUAUGUGUAAAAUGUCCUUUACUCAGGACCAAGGUUACAUUCUGCUGGUGGCUGUCGCAUGCUUUCUGAUACCACUCUUAAUAAUGUUUUACUGUUAUUUGCGAGUAUUUCUCAAAGUUCGUUUUCACAAGAAGCAAAUGCAACGCUGGAACAAUGGACGAGAAGUGGAAAGAAACUUUCAACGCGAAACGAAAACAGCAAGAAUUGUCUUCACGGUGCUAUUUGUAUUUGCGGCCUGUUGGACGCCUUUUGUUAUUGUACAUAUCCUUCAAGCUGUUACUUCCCUAGAGAUGUCACGCAUCUUAUUUUCCUGCGUGACACUCAUUGCCGGAAUGCAUUCAGCUUGCAAUCCUGUCAUAUACACUACAAUGAACAAAACGUUCAGGAACGAGAUGUUACAAAUAUGUCCUUGCGUGCGACGUGGGUUCGUCUUUUGCUUUGGUCGCCAAGAUCUUGUUCAACCAAUUGACGCGGAGACCAGUUUGACGUAA